UGCAGUCCUUUGAAAAAAAAAAAGGGGGGAAAGAAAAAAUUAAUAAUAAAAAAAAAGGGAGAGAGAGGUCAACUAUUUGACCUUCUAUUAAAACAGAAAUAAUGAAACAAGAAGAAGAAUCAAUUGAAUUAAUAAUACCUACUCAAUCCCCUAUUGAAUUGGAACAUUUGUUUGAUGAAGAUAAAGUGACAACUGUUGCCAUUAAUAGAGUUGAGGAAAUAGAGUUUGUCUUUCGAAUGGAUAAGAGGCUUUUAUUGUUUGCAAUGUUUGGCAAUCUUGUGAAAUCGUUAGACAAUGCUAAUCUAGGUAGUGCAUUUAUUAGUGGGAUGGAGGAAGAAUUGAAAGUGACAGGUUUACAAUAUAACUGGAUGGGUGUAUUAUUUAUGAUUGGUUACUUGACAAUGCAAAUACCUUCUAAUAUUUUGCUUUCAAAUAUGAGACCUUCAAAGUAUUUACCUGCUUUAGAGGCUAUUUGGUGUAUCUUGACAAUCGCUAUGGCAUGUGUACAGUCAGUAAAAGAAGUUUAUCUUAUUCGAUUUUUACUUGGAUUAGCAGAAGCAGGUUUUUAUCCCGGAAUUGUUUUUUUGCUUGGCACUUGGUAUACUAAAAAGGAAUUAGGGAAAAGAUUAGCCAUGCUUACGAUAUUUGGAUCAUUUGGAAGUGGGCUAAGUGGAAUUAUACAAGCUAUCAUGCUAAAGACAAUGGAUGGAGUCUUCAAUAUAAGCGGGUGGCGUUGGAUGUUCUUAUUUGAUGCAUUUAUAACGGGUAUAUUGGCUUCAGUAGGAUAUCACUAUUUACCUGAUUACCCACAUAAUACUGAUUGGUUAGACCCUUCUGAAAAGAAUAUAGCACUGGAAAGGUUAAAUCAUAAACCUCAACAAGAUAGAGAAAGGACAGCAACGACAAGAUUAGAAAGAUUUAAAUUAUUGUUAGGGAAUCCUUAUUUAUAUUUAUUUGCUAUUAGUUGGGCGUCUAUUCAUAUUUCAUUAGGAGCAAGUCAUGUAUUAGGAAUAGUAGCUAAAAAAUUAGGAUUUGAUUCUGUUACUUCAAACCUAUUGACUACUCCUGAUAUGCUUAUUACUAUGCUUGCUGGAUUAUGUAAUGGAUUUAUUAGUGAUACAUAUCGUACUCGACUAUGGUGUAUUAUUAUACCUGCAUUUAUUGGAUUCAUUGGAAUGAGUCUUUUAUCAUUGUUUGUUCAGCCAUUUUUUAUUUUAUAUAUAGCGUUUCUAUUGACUCAUGCUGGAUUAGGCUCACUCACUUCGAUUAUCAUGACUUGGGCUAGUGAAAGUAUAUCUUCUAAUAGCGAGAUUAGAGCUAUGGCAAUUGCUAUCAUGAAUACCUUUUCAUCGCUUAUGUGGAUUUGGACUCCACUUGUCUUAUGGCCAGUCACUGAUGCGCCCUAUUAUUAUAAAGGAUUUACAACUAGUUGUUUUCUUAUUCUUUUUUUUAUUGGAACUAUGUCAUUUGUUGGGUACUUACAAAAGAAGUCAUCUAAUAACCAAAAGGUAGUAGCAGAACAAGCUGUACCUUUAUUACAAGAAACUACUACAUAAAAAGAAAAGGAAGGAAGGAAGGAAGGAAGGAAGGGUAAUGACAUCUAUCUAUCUAUCUGUAUAUAUAUUUAUUUAUAUAUAUUUAUUUAUUUAUACACACGCGCACACAUUAUAACAACAUAGAGGAGUAGCCUGCAUUCAUAUUUGCAUUUACACCAUUUUGUUGUUGUUCUUCUAUACCUAAA